AUGACACCCACGCAACAGAAUUGCCUUCGCUUGCGCGGCGGGAGCAGCCCAGCGCCCAGGCAGCGCGGCUUCGGAAGGCUCCCGCGCGCCGCAGCCCACAGCGCCCACAGCGCCCGCAGCGCCCGCAGCGCCCUGCCGGAUGGGUCAGUUCGGCCCAAGAGGAGGGUCAGUUGGGCCCAAGGCGCAACGAGAGAGGAGCCCAAGCGGAGGUCGGCCCGCCUGGCGGCUAAGCCUGCUCCUGCCAAGGAGGACGCCAAGCCCAGGAAGGCGGCGGGGGAGAAUAAAUCUUCCGACAAAAAAGUUCCAACAAAAGGGAAAAGGGGAGCAAAGGGAAAACAGGCUGAAGUGACUAACCAAGAAACUACAGAAGAUUUACCUGCCGAAAAUGGAGAAAGUCCAGCCUUGGAUGAAGCAGAAGAGAAAGAAGCUCGGUUCCCUUCUUUAGAAUUGUUUCCCGAAGAAGACCACUACUGCAUCAUUGCUGUCAGAAUCGUGUGUAUUCUGUAA